UAAAAAAAUUUUCAAAAAUCAAUGCUAAGAUGUCGCUUUCACAAAAGGAUUCGAAUAAAUACCCAUCUACGUUCACAGUGGAUAACUUCAGUUCAACAACCAAAUUAGCGUCAAAUGAAGUCAAACUUCCUAUGGGAAGUAGAGAUACCAUCAAUGAAAAAGAAUACAACCCGUUUGACCAUCGACAAGUUGACCAUCCGACGGCAACAUCGGGGGCUUUAAUCCAUCUAUUAAAGAGUUCCUUAGGUACCGGAAUAUUAGCGAUGCCAAAUGCUUUCAAGAACGGCGGUUUGAUUUUCGGUUUCGUUGGUACGAUAAUCGUUGGAAUAUUAUGUACACAUUGCGUUCAAUUAUUGGUAAGUCCACAAAAGAAAUUGAUAGAAUCUGUAUACACUUAA